AUGCCUCUUAGAGAGUUUAAGAUCGUUGUUCUGGGUUCCGGUGGUGUCGGCAAGUCUGCCCUCACUGUCCAGUUUGUCCAAGGUAUUUUCGUCGAGAAGUACGACCCAACUAUUGAGGACAGUUACAGAAAGCAAGUUGAGGUUGAUGGAAACCAAUGCAUGCUCGAGAUUUUGGAUACAGCUGGUACCGAGCAGUUCACUGCCAUGAGAGACUUAUAUAUGAAGAAUGGACAGGGCUUCGUCUUGGUCUACAGCAUCAUCUCCAAUUCAACGUUUGGCGAGUUGCCAGACUUGCGUGAGCAGAUUCUGCGUGUGAAGGACUGCGAGGAUGUGCCAAUGGUGUUGGUUGGCAACAAGUGCGAUCUUGGCGACCAGCGUCAGGUUGCCACCGAGCAAGGUGAGGAGUUGGCCCGCAAGUUUGGAGGCUGCAUCUUCCUGGAGGCCUCUGCCAAGAACAAGAUCAACGUCGAGCAGAUUUUCUACGAUUUAAUCCGCCAGAUCAACCGCAAGAACCCAGUCGGUCCAGCCAAGAAGGACAAGAGCAAGCUCUGUGCACUGUUGUAA